AUGGGUCGCUUCUCACUAUUUGCUCCUCUGUUGUUGGCAGCCAAUGGUGUUUUAGGCGCCAAAUGGAUCGGUGAAGUCAAGAAGGUAGAUGGUGUUGACUAUCAAUGCAAAUGCUACUCUGACAACUCUUGCUGGCCGACCAACAAAGACUGGGAGAAGCUCAACAAGACUGUCUCCGGCGCAUUGCAGCUCGCCAUACCACCAGGCGCCGUUUGUUACAAGAACUUCGAGAACGGGACCAGCGUCUACGAUGCAGCCAAGUGUGCGGAUACUCAAGCUAAUUGGGGCAACGAGCAGUGGCUGACCGACCACCCUAUCGCUGAACUGUGGCCACUCAAGACGAACAACACCUGCAUGCCGACCGAGGAUCCGUCAGCAACCUGCACAGGUGGUUUCUACGGAAAGUAUGUCAUCAUGGCAACUACAAAGGAUCAAAUCCGGGAUGGCGUGAAGUUUGCACGAGAGCGCAACCUUCGCCUGAUCAUCCGAAACACUGGUCACGACUUCAUGGGUCGUUCGACCGGAUACGGCUCACUCAUCAUCAACACUCACAGCUUCAAGGAUGUUAAAUUCCUCAAGAAGUACACUGGGCCUGGUGAUUGGGCAGGUAGUGCGGCUAUUGUUGGGGCUGGUGUCCAGGGCCGUGAGCUAUACCGUGAAUGCUUUGCUCAGAGCCCCAAGGUGGUCAUCGUUGGUGGAGAGUGCCCGACGGUCGGCUGGGCCGGAGGAUACAUUCAAGGAGGUGGACACGGCCCACUUACCGGAAUCUACGGAAUGGGCGCUGACAAUGUCCUCUCGUUCGAUGCCAUCACCGCUGAGGGCAAAUACGUGACCGCCAAUGCCAAGGAGAACUCUGAUCUCUUCUGGGCACUCAAGGGUGGCGGCCCUAGCUCCUACGCCGUCGUUGUUUCCAUCACUGUCAAGACCUUCCCGGAGGUCCCUGUUGCUGGCACAAUCCUGAACAUCAACUCCACCCACACCAACGACACUGAGCUCUUCGCCAAGGGUGUUCACAUCUUCCACAACCUGGCCAACCACUACAGUGAGCAUGGCAUGUUCGUAUACUUUGAGCUUGGCCCUGGCCCUCAGCGUCUCCACAUCGCCCCCUUUGUCGGCCCCAACAUGAACAAGGAACAGCUAGAAAAGGUCCUCGCACCUCUAUACGAGCAACUAGACGCUGCCAAGGUACCCUACGACACACACACCAGGGCCUUCCCCACAUUCUUCGAGUUCUACAUCGACAUGUUCGAGGACGAGCCCCCGAACCAGCAAUCCGUAGUUGGAGGCCGUCUGUUCACACAGUCUGACAUCACCGCCCACGGCGACGAGAUCGCGGACGCCCUCAUCUACGCUGCUAUGCCCGAGCCUACACAACUCGGCUUCAACGUUGGCCACAUCGUCAACCCAGGUCAUGCCUACCCCAAGGUCGACAACGCCAUCCACCCGACCUGGCGCAACGCCAGCAGUUUCGUUAUCACGAACGUCAUACUAACGGGAACCGAGCCUUGGGACGUCAAGAAGGAGCGCGAGAACUUCAACACCAAUGUUCUUGGUAAGAGACUGAGGGAUGUUUCGCCCAACGGUGCUAGUUAUGUCAACGAGGGUGAUCUCAACGAGCCCAACUGGCAGGAAGCGUACUGGGGGAGCAACUAUGCUAGGCUGUUGAAGAUACGGCAGAAGUGGGAUCCGGAGGGUGUCUUCUUCACGGAGACGACGCCUGGGACGGAGAACUGGAGUGUUAUGGAUUAUGGGACGAAGCUUUGCAAGAAGUCUAGCAAGUAG